CAACGCCUACCGCGUUACGGCGCAAAUACUCCCUUCCACGUCGUCUCCGUUACGUCAUAUUACAACUUUGGUCACGUUAUCGCGUUUACAACCAAACCUAACAAAAUAACCCACUUUUUAAACGCAAUUUCAUGUUUAUUUUUGUUCGUAACACUGCCGAAAUGCCUGCUCCAAAAUUUUCAAUUGUUGAACGCACUUUGUUAAUAAACAUGGUUCAGAUUUUAUUGUAUUUGCUACUUAUUAUAAGAUAUAGAUAAAGAAUGCAGAACGCAAGAUAUCGUUUGCUUUGUAUCCGUGACACAUCGAUAACAUGUUAUCACCGUUUUUAAUCAUUAUGAUUACGAAGAAAAAUAAAAACACCGAGUAUUGAUCGAGCCGGCUUUAAACAUAUUUGUUUUUCCCUUCUACACGUUUUCAUAUUCAUCAGUAAAUGAUUCAUCUUAUUCCGACACACAUGCCAGUCAGUACAUACACACGACAAUAUACUAUUUUCUAAUUAACAUUUCGUUUUUGAAUCAUACCUCGGAGAUUUUUAUUCUUGAAUAUUAAUAACAUUUAUAUUUAAAAUGGACAAUUCAAUUAAGACUUUGGAACAAAAUUUAUUUGUAAAUAUUUUAACAUCUUUAAAAACUACAAGUGAUAUAAAAUGGGUAUUGAAGUCUUUGAAUACAGAACAAUUAUCCUUUACAUCUGGAUAUAAAUAUUUAUCGAAUUAUCAGAAAAGAAAAUUACUUGAAAAAAACAUAAAAUUAACAAUUCAAGAGGUAAUACCAUCAAACAGUAUUAAUUUAGAUUUUGCUACAAACAAAGCAUUGGAAAUACUUAAUGAUCUUCAAAGUAUCAAAAAAAAUAUAACCAUUAGAAUGAUGGGAUACAUUUUAAUUAAAAUUCUGAAAUCAAAACUUCAAGGCUUAUAUGUAAAUGAACGAACAUUGAUGAUGAUAAAAUCUAAUUUUAACAAUACUCCAGUGAUAUUUGUUCCAAGUCACAGGAGUUACCAAGAUUUUAUUUUAAUGGCAUUCAUUUGCUUCAAUUACAACAUUGAAAUUCCAUAUGUUGCAGCUGCAAUGGAUUUUAAAAAUAUGAAAGUAAUGGGAAAUUUAUUGAAACAAUGUGGUGCUUUUUUUUUACAUCGAGGAGAAAGUGCUCAAGAUGUUAUAUACCGAUCAGUAUUAUAUACUUAUGUCAAAUAUUUAGUAACUACUGAAAGUUCACCGUUACAGUUUUUUAUUGAAGGUACACGCAGUCGAUCUAAUAAAUCAAUUCAUCCAAAGUUAGGAAUACUUAAGUGUAUUAUAAAUAUGUUAUUAAAAAGUGAAGUUCAAGAUAUAAUUAUCAUUCCAAUUUCUAUUAAUUAUGAUCACCUUCUUGAAGAUAAAUUAUUUUGUUAUGAACUUCUUGGAAUUCCCAAACCAAAAGAAACUACUUUGGGAUUGAUAAAUAGCAUUAAAAGCAUGGACGAUCAUUAUGGCAAUAUUUAUAUUAACUUUGCUACUCCUAUUUCACUUCAAAAAUACAUAAAUGAUAUAAAUAUUAAUGAAGACAAUAAUGAAACUCGUAUAAUAUCAACAAUUGCUCAUGAAAUUAUUUAUAGGCAACAACAUAGUAUGGUUUUAUCAUACUUUAAUAUUUUAGCUGUUGCGUUGCUUUACAACAUAUCUAAAAAUAACACCAAUGAUAUUCCCUUAGAUAAAAUAAUUGAUCAAAUAAGUUGGAUAAGUUUAUUAUUUAAAAAAUGUGGGGCUCAAAUUGAAGCAAAAGAGUAUGAUAUUAAAAGUAGAAUUAUUGAUACCAUUCAACUUCAUCAAAACUUUGUUAUGUUAAAGGAUAAUGUAAUAACAUUUAAGAAGAACUAUUCUAUGAAUAAUAAUAUUUAUCCGAUAAAUUUACCAGGAAAUUUAAAUCUAAAAGCUGAAAUGUUUGAUUAUGCUUUUCCAUUGAUCUUAAAUCAGCUUUAUGUUAAUCCAUCAUUACAUUUUAUUAUAAAUAUUGGAUUUAUACUUAUAGUAUCAAAAUGUCAGAUAAUUUGGAAAAAUGAAAUCUUGGAUUUAGAAAGAAAGUUUAUUUUAUUAAGAAAACUAUUUGAGUUUGAAUUUGUAUUUUUCGAUGGCUGUGAAAAGCAAGAUUUUAAAUACAGUCUUUUAAUUUAUCUACACAUACAAGAAAAAGAAAAAGAAUUGCUUCGUUGUUUAAUUAUUAAUCCUUAUGUAUCAUGUUACCGACUCAUCUAUAAUUGUAUGAUAAAUACACAACAAAAUAUAAUUUCAGAAGAAUAUAUUCAUGAAUCAAUUUACUUAAAAAUUGAAGAAUUACACAUACAUCCUUAUGGUUUAACUAAAGACUUAAUCAAAUCUGCAUUAGAUGCUCUAUGUAAAAUAGAAAUAAUUAAAAAAAUUAAAAAAAAUGAAACAAUUAUGUUUAACAUAAAUAGAGUGGCUGUCUCGGAGUUAGUUAACAUAUUUGAUAAUCUUAUACUAAAUGGGAAAAAUCUAUUAAAAUCUAGUAUUUAAAUGAAGAUGCAUUUUUAAUUAAAAAGUGAAUUAUGA